UGCUGGAUAUUGAAGCCAAGGCAGUGGAUGAGGAGUCAGGACCAGAAUUGGGUUUGAACAUGGAGUCUGUUCACAGAUUACUCAAAGAGACUCUCUGCUGCUUCAGAGGAAAAUGGGGAGAGUGCAUCAAUGUUUCAGGAAAAUAACUUGUUUUUUCGUACAUCUGGAUCGAGUGGAAAUAUAUUUUUUAAAUAAGUUCAUCGGUUUAUUUUAGUUGGAGACUACACUGGCUUAGAGAUGACUGGAGCUCUGCACACUGGACUCAUGCUUUUCUCUUUUGUGGUGGUAUGUGAGAGUGAGCCGACACAUGCUGGGCCAGACAGAGCUGGGGAUUUACACGAACAAUCCAAACUGCUCCACCUAACUUCUAACUGGGCUUUUCACCUGUUCAAUGAAUCACUGGACUUCUCGGGGGCAGACAGAUUCUGCAGGGGCCAGUUCAGCUCCCUUGUGCCUGUGGAGCAGUCAGAGGACAGAGGGGGGGUCUUGGAGCUGCUUCAGCAGGCCGCACAUCGCUCACCUGUCUGGAUCAGAGAUCCUGCCAAGGCAGCCUCCAAGCCUCUGGCCCUCUCCAAACAGUAUUUACAGUUCCCAGCUCUAAACUUCCCAAGAGAUUCUCGUGAGGGCUUUGCUCGUGUCAACAUGUCCUUUCCCGCCCUGUCCUCCAUCAGUGUGUGUGUUCGUGUUCAGUGGAACCCAGAGUGGAUUGAGGUGUCCACCAUCUUCUCCUACGCUGCACCUGUGUUCACCAAUGAGUUCCAGCUGAGAGGCCAAGUGGACAUGCAGGGACGCAUCCUUCUGGCUCUCAUCAUCCACGGGAAGCACCUGCCAUAUAAGGCAUCCUUCCCCAACGACGGAGAUUGGCAUCACAUCUGUGUCACAUGGCACCUUAGCAACGGCCACUGGGCUAUCUAUGUAGAUGGUGACAACAAGGACAUGGGCUCAGGCUCAGACACCUCCAGGAACAUCUAUGGUGAUGGAAUACUUAUUCUGGGUCAGGAUCAAGAUUCAUUUGGUGGGAAUUUCACAGAGCCUUUUUUUGGAAAUAUCACUGACCUGAAUGUGUGGAAUAUGUCUCUGGAAGCAAGGCAUGUCCGUGCCCUCAGUGCAUGUUCCUCCAAAACCCAGGAACUGCUUUUUAGUUGGAAUCUUGAGCACGUAAGCAGCCACCCAGUGGUGAGCGAGGUACAGGCCCUUCUGUUUUGCCCAGGUGAGAUUACAUUCUGUGUGCUCAGUUUCAUUUCAGAGGCUGUCUCUAUUAAAUUAGAAUGUUAUCAUGCACACUAAGAAUUGC